ACACUCACACUCGCUCACACCUGUGCAGCUCCUCCCUCGGUGAGCGCGCGCCAUCCAAUGAGAGACGCCAUCCACACAGUGCGUUGUUGGCUUCCUCCGUCUCAAACACGCAUACGCCGCCACACACGCACACACACACAGCCUGGUAGUCCACAUACAGAGCACGAGCAUCUCCGCGUGAAAGCUUAACCAUGGCCGAGGGAGGAGAAGGCGAGGACGAAAUCCAGUUCCUGCGGACUGAUGAUGAGGUGGUCCUACAGUGCUCAGCCACAAUCCAUAAGGAACAACAGAAACUCUGUCUGGCUGCUGAAGGCUUCGGAAACAGACUCUGCUUCCUUGAAUCCAUCUCCAACUCCAAGAAUGUGCCUCCAGAUCUGUCAAUCUGCACUUUCGUGUUGGAGCAGUCGCUGUCAGUACGAGCCCUUCAGGAGAUGCUGGCCAACACCGAGGACAAGGCUGAGGGGCAUGUAGUGGUGGAAAUAUGGACGGCCCAGGGUGGCGGCCAUCGCACCUUACUGUACGGACACGCUGUCCUGCUGCGACACUCCUACAGUGGAAUGUACCUGUGCUGCCUGUCCACCUCCCGCUCAUCCACAGACAAACUGGCUUUUGAUGUUGGACUGCAGGAAGACACCACAGGCGAGGCAUGCUGGUGGACCAUCCAUCCAGCAUCAAAGCAGCGGUCGGAGGGUGAGAAGGUCAGAGUGGGAGAUGAUCUCAUCCUGGUCAGCGUCUCCUCUGAGAGAUACUUGCAUCUGUCCUACGGUAACGGCAGUCUCCAUGUAGAUGCAGCCUUCCAGCAGACACUAUGGAGUGUGGCUCCCAUCUGUUCUGGCAGUGAAGUAGCACAAGGUUACCUUAUUGGAGGGGACGUCCUGCGCCUCCUUCACGGUCACAUGGACGAGUGUCUGACCGUUCCGUCUGGGGAGCAUGGGGACGAGCAGAGGAGGACAGUGCACUAUGAGGGGGGAGCAGUGUCCAGUCAUGCCAGGUCCCUGUGGAGGCUUGAGACAUUGCGGGUUGUGUGGAGUGGGAGUCAUAUCCGCUGGGGUCAGCCGUUCAGACUGAGACACGUGACCACAGGGAAGUAUCUGAGUCUGAUUGAAGACAAAUCUCUGCUGCUGAUGGACAAAGAGAAAGCUGAUGUCAAGUCCACAGCCUUCUGCUUCAGGUCCUCCAAGGAAAAGUUGGACCCUGGCGUGAGGAAGGAGGUGGAUGGGAUGGGUGUUCCUGACAUUAAGUAUGGCGACUCUGUGUGUUACAUCCAACAUGUUGACACCUACCUGUGGCUCACGUACCAGACUAUUGAUGCCAAGUGUGCACGCAUGGGUGGAGUACAGAGAAAGGCCAUCAUGCACCAUGAGGGUCACAUGGACGACGGGCUGACGCUGUCUCGGUCACAACAUGAGGAGAGUCGCACUGCCAGAGUCAUCCGCAGUACUGUGUUUUUGUUCAACCUCUUCAUCAGGGGUCUGGACACUCUAAGGAAAAAGGGGAAGAGCUCCACUCUCGAACUCCCAAUAGAUUCAGUCAGUCUGAGUCUGCAGGAUCUGAUCGGCUACUUCCAACCACCCGGAGAUCACCUGGAACAUGAAGACAAGCAGAACCGCCUGAGAGCUCUGAAGAACCGGCAGAACCUCUUUCAGGAAGAGGGAAUGAUCAGCCUGGUGUUGGAGUGUAUUGAUCGUCUUCACGUCUACAGCAGUGCAGCUCAUUUUGCUGAGGCAGUAGGAAGGGAGGCAGGAGAGGCCUGGAGCUCCAUCCUCAACUCCCUCUACCAACUACUGGCUGCACUGAUCAGAGGGAACAGGAAGAACUGUGCUCAGUUUUCCGGUUCAUUGGACUGGCUGAUUAGCAGACUGGAGAGACUGGAGGCCUCUUCUGGUAUACUAGAGGUGCUUCACUGUGUGCUGGUGGAGAGUCCUGAGGCACUGAACAUAAUCAAAGAGGGACACAUCAAAUCCAUUAUAUCUCUGCUGGACAAGCAUGGACGCAACUACAAGGUUCUAGAUGUGUUGUGUUCACUGUGUGUGUGUCACGGCGUGGCAGUGCGCUCCAACCAGCACCUGAUCUGUGACAACCUGCUGCCAGGAAGAGAUCUGUUACUGCAGACCCGCCUGAUCAACCACGUAAGCAGCAUGCGUCCCAACAUCUUCCUGGGAGUCAGUGACGGCUCUGCUCAGUACAGGAAGUGGUACUACGAGCUGAUCGUGGAUCAGGCGCUGCCGUUCGUCACAGCGGAGGCCUCUCACCUCAGGGUGGGCUGGGCCAACACCAGUGGCUACGCACCCUACCCCAGCGGGGGAGAGGGGUGGGGUGGCAAUGGGGUGGGUGAUGACCUCUACUCCUACGGCUUUGAUGGACUCCACCUCUGGUCAGGCUGCAUCGAGCGGACUGUUAGCUCACCCAAUCAGCAUCUUCUGAGAGCAGAGGAUGUGGUGAGUUGCUGCCUGGACCUCAGUGUGCCCAGUAUCUCCUUCAGGAUCAACGGCCAGCCGGUCCAAGGCAUGUUCGAGAACUUCAACUCUGACGGCCUCUUCUUCCCCGUGGCCAGCUUCUCUGCAGGAGUCAAGGUGCGUUUCCUCCUCGGGGGUCGUCACGGGGAGUUUAAGUUCCUCCCUCCUCCAGGUUACGCUCCUUGCUUUGAGGCGGUGUUGCCCAGGGAGAAGCUGAAGCUGGAGACCAGUCAGGACCAGACCGAAGCCAAAGACCUGCUGGGACCCACCGUCACCAUGAGCCAGGCAGCAUUCACGCCCACACCUGUGGACACCAGCCAGAUUGUGCUGCCACCUCACUUGGAGAGGAUCAGGGAGAAACUCGCAGAAAACAUCCAUGAACUGUGGGUGAUGAACAAGAUAGAACUGGGCUGGACCUUCGGGGCAGUGCGAGAUGAUAACAAGCGGCAACAUCCCUGUCUGGUGGAGUUCUCCAAGCUUCCCGAGCAAGAGCGGAGCUACAACUUACAGAUGUCUCUGGAGACUCUCAAAACUCUCCUGGCCUUGGGUUGCCAUGUUGGCCUAGCAGAUGAACACGCUGUAGAGAAAGUCAAGAGCAUGAAACUGUCAUCAACCUAUGAGUUGUCCGGUGGUUAUAAACCUGCUCCUCUGGACCUGAGUCACAUCAAACUGACCUCCACCCAGGAAGCCAUGGUGGACAAACUGGCUGAGAACGCGCACAACGUCUGGGCAAGAGAUCGCAUCCGCCAGGGCUGGACCUAUGGCAUCCAACAGGAUGUGAAGAAUCGUAGAAACCCUCGACUGGUCCCCUACGUUCUGCUGGAUGAGAGAACCAAGAAGUCCAACAAAGACAGUCUGAGAGAGGCCGUCAGGACUCUGCUGGGAUAUGGCUACAACCUGGAAGCUCCUGACCAGGACCAUGCAGCUCAAUCUGACCCCAGCAACGUAUCUGCUGAGAGGUUCCGCAUUUUCAGAGCAGAGAAAACCUACUGUGUUAAUGCAGGGAAGUGGUACUUUGAGCUGGAGGUAUUAACAGCAGGAGAGAUGAGGGUGGGCUGGGCUAGGCCAGGAUGCCUUCCAGACCAGGAGCUGGGAUCUGAUGACCAGGCCUUUGUCUUUGAUGGAUUCAAGGUCCAGCGAUGGAACCAGGGUAAUGAGCACUUUGGGCGUGCGUGGCAGACAGGCGACGUGGUGGGCUGCAUGGUGGAUCUGAAUGAACACACCAUGAUGUUCACACUUAAUGGAGAAGUGCUGCUGGAUGACUCUGGAUCGGAGCUGGCCUUCAAGGACUUUGAAGUUGGUGAAGGUUUUAUCCCAGUGUCCAGUCUGGGUGUGUGUCAGGCGGGCAGAAUGAACUUCGGUAAAGACGUCAGCACUCUGAAGUACUUCACCAUCUGCGGCCUGCAGGAAGGCUACGAACCGUUUGCUGUCAACAUGAACCGGGACGUCACCAUGUGGCUCAGCAAGAGGCUGCCUCAGUUCGUUCCCGUCCCCCCCAACCACCAACACAUGGAGGUGACAAGGAUAGAUGGGACAGUGGAGUCGUGUCCUUGCCUAAAGGUCACCCAGAGGUCAUUUGGUUCCCAGAACAGUUACACUGACAUUACCUUCUACAGAUUGAGCAUGCCCAUAGAGUGUUCAGAGUCCUUCUCCAGAUCCUCAACCAGCGACAGCCUCUUCUCACCAAAGAGGGAGCUGGAGGACUUUGAAACUGUGUCAGACUUUGAGGUCCUGAUGAAGUCUUCUCAUGGUCACAACGGUCCCAAUGGACCGGACAGAGACGAAUUCAACAACCACAAAGAUUAUAACCAGGAGAAGCCCUCCAAACUCAAGCAGCGGUUCAUGUUGAAGAGAAACAAGCCAGACAACAGCUGUCCAUCAUCUGCUCGUCUGUCAGAGGAGGUGAUGGCUGAUGACAGAGAUGAAUAUGAAUUCCUCAUGCAAGCCUCUACUCACUACUACUCUGUGCGGAUCUUCCCUGGUCAGGAGCCCAGCAGCGUUUGGGUGGGCUGGGUGACCUCUGACUUCCACCAGUACGACCCGGGCUUUGAGCUGCACAACGUCCGAACUGUCACUGUUACCCUGGGAGACGAGAAGGGCAAAGUUCAUGAGAGUAUAAAGCGCAGUAACUGUUACAUGGUGUGGGCCGGAGAGAGCAGCAGUCCCGGUCAGGGGAGGAACAACAACGGCUUAGAGAUCGGCUGUCUGGUCGACACAACAAACGGAUUGCUGACAUUCACAGCCAAUGGCAAAGAACUCAGCACAUACUACCAGGUGGAGCCCAGUACUAAGCUGUUCCCAGCAGUCUUUGCCAAGGCCACCAGCCCCAAUGUCUUCCAGUUCGAACUGGGGCGUAUUAAGAAUGUGAUGCCUCUGUCAGCUGGUCUGUUUAAGAGUGAGAGGAAGAACCCAGUUCCUCAGUGUCCUCCACGGCUUCAUGUCCAGUUUCUCACCCCUGUAUUAUGGAGUCGUGUUCCCAACCACUUCCUCAAGGUGUCAGCAUCCAGAGUGAAUGACAGACACGGCUGGCUGGUCCAGUGUAACGAACCUCUGCAGUUCAUGUCUCUGCACAUACCUGAGGAGAACAAGUCGGUGGAUGUCCUGGAGCUGUCAGAGCAGAGGGACUUAUUAAAGUUUCACUACCAUACCCUCAGACUGUACUCGGCAAUCUGUGCUCUGGGAAACAACCGGGUGGCACACGCCCUCUGCUCCCACGUCGACGAGGCACAGCUCCUGCAGGCUAUAGAGAAUAAGUACAUGCCAGGUUUGCUUCGUGCGGGCUACUACGACCUCCUCAUCGACAUCCACCUGAGCAGCUACACCACGGCUCGCCUCAUGAUGAACAACGAGUACAUUGUUCCCAUGACGGACGAAACCAAGAGCAUCACCCUGUUUCCAGAUGAGAAGAAGAAACACGGCCUGCCGGGCAUCGGCCUCAGCACGUCCCUGAGACCCAGAAUGCACUUCUCGUCCCCGAGUUUUGUCUGCGGGACCGGACCGUCGUCUCGUAACAACGGCAACAACGGAUCGGGAGACUGUUUCCAGUACAGCCCCGAGUUCCCCUUAGAUAUACUGAAAAUGAAAACCAUCGAGAUGCUAACGGAGGCGGUGCGGGAGGGAAGCAUGCACGUACGGGAUCCAAUAGGAGGCAGCACUGAGUUUCUCUUCGUCCCCCUCAUCAAGCUGUUCUACACCCUGCUCAUCAUGGGAGUGUUUCAGAGUGGAGAUCUGAAGAACAUCCUCAGGCUGAUUGAACCGUCUGUGUUCUCUGAAAGAGGGGAAGGGCAGGAGGACGCACACACGGAGCUGGAGGUGGUGAAGGAUGGAGAGGACGGAGGGAGGAACAUGCCUAAAGAAGGACUGUUACAGAUGAAGCUACCGGAGCCUGUAAAACUCCAGAUGUGCCACGUGCUGCAGUACCUGUGUGACUGCCAGGUGCGUCACCGUAUCGAGGCGGUGGUGGCCUUCUCUGACGACUUUGUGGCCUGUCUCCAAGACAACCAGCGGUUCCGCUACAAUGAGGUGAUGCUGGCGCUCAACAUGUCUGCAGCCCUCACUGCCAAGAAGACCAAAGAGUUUAGAUCUCCUCCACAGGAACAGAUCAACACGCUGCUGAACUUUAAGGAUGAGAAGCAGGAGUGUCCGUGUCCCGAAUACAUCCGAGAACAGCUGCUCGACUUCCACGAGGAUCUGAUGAGGCACUGUGGUAUAGAGUUGGAGGAGGAGCAAGGGAUUGAUGGCGACAGUGACUUCACCAUCCGAGGUCGACUCAUGUCAUUGGUGGAGAAAGUGGCUUACCUGAAGAACAAGAUGGGAAACCUGCCGAAGGAGAAGAAAGAAAAGAAGCCCAGUACGUUACAGCAGUUGAUUUCAGAUACGAUGGUCCGCUGGGCUCAGGAGUCAGUUAUUGAGGAUCCAGAGCUGGUCAGAGCCAUGUUUGUCCUGCUCCACCGCCAGUAUGACGGCAUUGGAGGACAGGUGCGGGCCCUUCCUAAGACCUACACUAUAAACUCUGUAUCGAUCGAGGACACCAUCAACCUGUUGGCCGCUCUGGGUCAGAUCAGAUCUCUGCUGAGUGUCCGUAUGGGAAGAGAGGAGGAGAAACUGAUGAUCAGAGGGCUGGGUGAUAUCAUGAACAACAAGGUGUUCUACCAACAUCCUAACCUGAUGAGAGCUCUGGGGAUGCAUGAGACUGUCAUGGAGGUCAUGGUCAACGUACUCAGUGGAGGAGACUCCAAGGAGAUCACCUUUCCUAAGAUGGUGGCCAACUGUUGUCGUUUCCUCUGCUACUUCUGUCGAAUCAGCCGUCAGAACCAGAAAGCCAUGUUCGACCAUCUCAGCUACCUGCUGGAGAACAGCAGCGUUGGCCUCGCGUCUCCGUCCAUGCGAGGAUCUACUCCUCUGGAUGUGGCUGCAGCAUCAGUCAUGGAUAAUAAUGAAUUGGCCCUGGCUCUAAGAGAGCCAGACCUGGAGAAGGUGGUUCAGUACCUGGCCGGCUGUGGGCUGCAGAGCUGUGUGAUGCUGGUGCGUAACGGAUACCCCGACAUCGGCUGGAACCCUGUGGAGGGUGAACGCUACCUCGACUUCCUGCGCUUUGCCGUCUUCUGUAACGGUGAAAGUGUGGAGGAGAACGCCAAUGUUGUGGUGAGGCUUCUGAUUCGCCGACCAGAGUGUUUUGGCCCGGCCCUCCGGGGUGAAGGAGGUGAUGGGUUGUUGGCGGCGAUUGAGGAAGCCAUUAAGAUCUCUCAGGAUCUGUCCAGAGACGGUCCCUCUCCUACGUCUGAGAGCAGCAAGACACUCAGUGACAUGCUGGAGGAAGAGGAAGAUGAUACCAUCCACAUGGGGAAUGCCAUCAUGACCUUCUAUGCUGCUCUCAUUGACCUGCUGGGCCGCUGUGCUCCAGAGAUGCAUUUAAUCCAUGCCGGUAAAGGUGAAGCGAUCCGUAUCCGAGCCAUCCUGAGGUCUCUGAUUCCCAUUGAAGACCUGGUGGGAGUCAUCAGCAUUCCAUUCUUCAUGCCCAGCCUGGCUAAAGAUGGGUUGGUGGUGGAGCCAGACAUGUCAGCUGGUUUCUGUCCGGACCAUAAAGCAGCCAUGGUCCUGUUCCUGGACAGGGUCUACGGUAUAGAAGACCAAAAUUUCCUGCUACACCUGCUGGAAGUCGGCUUCUUACCAGACCUGAGAGCUGCUGCCUCUCUGGACACUGUCGCUCUCAGUGCCACAGACAUGGCACUCGCCCUCAACAGGUAUCUGUGCACGGCCGUGUUGCCUCUCCUGACUAAAUGCGCUCCACUGUUUGCGGGGACGGAGCCGUUCGCCUCGCUGAUCGACUCCCUCCUCCACACGGUCUACCGCCUGUCCAAAGGCUGCUGCCUCACCAAGGCCCAGAGGGACGCCAUAGAGGAGUGUCUGCUGGCUGUUUGCGGUAAGCUGAGGCCUUCCAUGAUGCAGCAUCUGCUGAGGAGGCUGGUGUUUGACGUUCCUCUGCUUAAUGAACACACCAAGAUGCCUCUGAAGCUGUUGACCAAUCACUAUGAGCGCUGUUGGAAGUAUUACUGCCUGGUUGGAGGCUGGGGCAGCUUUGGAGCUGCGUCAGAUGAAGAGCUUCACCUCUCCAGGAAACUGUUCUGGGGAAUAUUCGAUGCUCUGUCACGCAAGCGGUAUGACCAGGAGCUGUUCAAGCUGGCGUUACCGUGUCUCAGCGCGGUGGCUGGAGCUCUCCCUCCGGACUACAUGGAGUCCAACUACAUGGCCAUGAUGGAGAAACAGUCGUCCAUGGACUCAGAGGGAAACUUCACUCCACAGCCUGCAGACACUAACAAUGUGACCGUUCCAGAGAAACUGGACUAUUUCAUAACCAGAUAUGCAGAGCACAACCAUGAGAAGUGGUGUAUAGAAAAGUUUUCCAAUGGCUGGUCAUAUGGGGACCAGAUGUGUGAAAUCUCCAAGAGCCUCCCUUUACUGAAACAAUACAAAGGCCUCUCUGAGAAGGAUAAGGAGGCGUAUUGCUGGCCAGUCAAAGAGUCUCUGAAGACCAUGCUGUCAUGGGGCUGGAGCAUCGACAGGAUCAGAGAGGGCGACCCGGCCAGCAUCCACAACAAGACCAGGAGGAUAUCACAGGCCAGCCAGCAGUCUUUUGAAGGAGCUCCAACAUUCAGCCCCAGGCCCAUUGAUAUGAGCAAUGUUACACUGUCUAGAGACAUGCAGUCAAUGGCAGAGCUGCUUGCAGAGAAUUAUCAUAAUAUCUGGGCCAGGAAAAAGAAAAUGGAGCUGGAAGCCAAAGGUGGAGGAAACCAUCCUCUGCUGGUUCCCUACGAUACGCUGACCGCCAAAGAGAAAUCCAGAGACAGAGAAAAGGCACAAGACGUCCUCAAGUUCCUCCAGAUCAACGGCUACACUGUGUCCAGAGGUGUGAAGUCGCAGGAGCUGGACACUCCAGCUAUAGAGAAACGAUUUGCCUACACCUUCCUCCAGCAGCUCAUCACAUACGUCGACCAGGCGCACCAGCACAUGAUGGAGUUUGACCUGGGAACGAGACAGAAGGGGGAGAAGAUUCCUCAUGAACAACAGAUUAAGUUCUUUGGAAAGGUCGUCUUGCCACUGGUGGAUCAAUACUUUAAAAACCACAGGAUGUACUUCCUGUCCACAGCCAUCCAUCCAAUCAGCAGCGGAGGCCACGCCUCCAACAAGGAGAAGGAGAUGGUGACCAGUCUUUUCUGCAAACUGGGAGUUCUUGUCAGACAUAGGAUAUCCUUAUUUGGUAACAAUGCCAUAUCCAUAGUCAACUGUCUGCAGAUACUGGGACAAAGCCUGGAUGCAAGGACAGUGAUGAAGACUGGUCUGGAGUCAGUGAAGGCAGCGCUGCGGUUGUACUUCGACAGCGCAGCAGAAGAUCUGGAGAAGACGCAGGAGAACCUGAAGCUGGGCCAGUUCACCCACAGCAGAGAGCAGCCGCGAGGUGUCACUCAGAUCAUCAACUACACCACCUUCGCCCUGCUGCCCGUCCUCUCCUCCCUGUUCGAACACAUCGGACAGAACAUGUUCGGGGAAGACCUCAUAUUGGAUGACGUCCAGGUUUCCUGCUACAGAAUCCUCAACAGUCUCUACUUUCUGGGAACCAACAAAAGCAUCUAUGUAGAGAGACAGCGUCCAGCGUUAGGAAAGUGUUUAGCUGCCUUCUCAGCAGCCUUUCCUGUUGCGUUCCUUGAGCCUCACAUCAACAAGUUCAACAGCUUCUCCAUCUACAACAGCAAAGGAACUAAAGACAGAGCGGCUCUAGGUCUUCCAGGGCAGGUGGGGGAGGUUUGUCCUCUCAUCCCAAACUUAGAUAAGUGUCUGGAGGAGAUCAUGGAGUUGGCAGAGUCUGGCAUGAGAUACACUCAGAUGCCCCAUGUCAUGGAGGUGGUGUUGCCAAUGUUGUGCAGCUACAUGUCUCACUGGUGGGAACACGGACCAGAGAGCAACCAAGACAAAGCCGACAGCUGCUGCACCUCUGUGACUUCAGAACACAUGAACACUCUGCUGGGAAACAUCCUCAAGAUCAUCUACAACAAUCUGGGAAUAGAUGAAGGGGCCUGGAUGAAAAGACUAGCUGUCUUCUCUCAGCCAAUCAUCAGCAAGGCCAAAGCCCAGCUGCUCAAGACCCACUUCCUGCCUUUGAUGGAUAAACUCAAAAAAAAAGCAGCAGUUGUGCUGAUGGAUGAGGAGCACAGCAAGGCAGAGGGGAGGGGUGAGAUGUCAGAGACAGAGCUCCUCAUCAUGGACCAGUUCACCAUACUGGUCAGAGACCUGUACGCCUUCUACCCUCUCCUCAUACGAUUUGUUGACUACAACAGGGCCAGAUGGCUGAAAGAGUCCAACCACGAGGCCGAGGAGCUGUUCCGCAUGGUGGCCGAGGUUUUCAUCUUCUGGGCCAAGUCUCACAACUUCAAGAGAGAAGAGCAGAACUUUGUGGUCCAGAAUGAAAUCAACAACAUGUCCUUCCUCAUCACUGACACCAAGUGUAAGAUGGCAAAGGGAAUAAUGUCAGACCAGGAGAGGAAGAAGUUGAAGAGGAAGGGAGAUCGAUACACGAUGCAGACGAGUCUCAUCGUUGCCACUCUGAAGCGCCUGCUGCCUGUUGGACUCAACAUCUGUGCCCCCGGAGAACAAGAGCUCAUUGCACUGGCUAAGAACCGCUUCACCCAGAAAGAUACAGAGAAGGAGGUUCGAGAGAUCAUCAAGAACAAUCUGCAUUUACAAGGAAAGCUGGAGGACCCAGCUAUUCGUUGGCAGAUGGCUCUGUACAGAGACCUCCCUAAUCACUAUGAGGACACCUCGGACCCACAGAAGACUGUGGAGAGAGUUCUGGACAUCGCUCAUGUCCUCUUCCACCUAGACCAGGUUGAACACCCUCAGCGCAGUAAGAAGGCCGUGUGGCACAAACUGCUGUCCAAACAGAGGAAGAGAGCAGUGGUUGCUUGCUUCAGGAUGGCUCCGCUCUAUAACUUGCCCAGGCACCGGGCUGUCAACCUGUUCCUGCAGGGCUAUGAGAAGUCCUGGAUUGAGGCAGAGGAACACUACUUCGAAGAUAAACUCAUCGAGGACCUCGCUAAACCAGGUGACCAGGAGCCAGCUGAGGAAGAAGAGGGGAUGAAAAACAUUGAUCCGCUGCAUCAGCUCAUUCAGCUGUUCAGCAGAACAGCCCUCACAGAGAAGUGUAAACUGGAUGAGGAUAUUCUCUACAUGGCCUAUGCUGACAUCAUGGCUAAGAGUUGUCAUGAUGAAGAAGAUGAGGAUGGAGAGGAAGUGAAGAGUUUUGAAGAGAAAGAGAUGGAGAAGCAGAAGCUGUUGUAUCAGCAGGCUCGGCUGCACGACCGCGGAGCUGCUGAGAUGGUGCUGCAAACCAUCAGCGCUAGCAAAGGUGAGAUGGGUCCCAUGGUGGCCUCUACUCUGAAGCUGGGCAUAGCUAUUCUCAACGGAGGAAACUCUACUGUACAGCAGAAAAUGUUGGAUUAUCUGAAAGACAAAAAGGAUGUGGGCUUUUUUCAGGGCCUGGCUGGUCUGAUGCAGUCGUGCAGUGUUCUGGAUCUAAAUGCAUUUGAGAGGCAGAACAAAGCAGAAGGACUGGGAAUGGUGACAGAGGAGGGAUCAGUCAUCACUCAUGAGCGUGGUGAGAAGGUCAUGCAGGAUGAUGAGUUCACCUGUGACCUUUUCCGCUUCCUGCAGCUGCUCUGUGAAGGACACAACUCAGACUUCCAGAACUACUUGAGGACGCAAACAGGGAACAAUACAACAGUCAACAUCAUUAUCUCUACUGUUGACUACCUCCUCAGAGUACAGGAGUCCAUCAGUGAUUUCUAUUGGUAUUAUUCUGGGAAAGAUGUGAUUGACGAGCAGGGCCAGAGGAAUUUCUCCAAGGCAAUAAAUGUGGCCAAGCAGGUUUUCAAUACACUCACAGAAUACAUCCAGGGUCCGUGUACCGGCAACCAGCAAAGUUUGGCCCACAGUCGACUGUGGGACGCUGUGGUUGGCUUUCUGCAUGUCUUCGCACAUAUGCAGAUGAAAUUGUCUCAGGACUCCAGUCAGAUUGAGUUGCUGAAGGAACUGAUGGAUCUUCAGAAAGACAUGGUGGUCAUGCUGCUGUCUAUGCUGGAGGGUAACGUGGUGAAUGGAACCAUUGGGAAGCAGAUGGUGGACAUGUUGGUGGAGUCCUCCAACAAUGUGGAGAUGAUCCUCAAGUUUUUUGACAUGUUCCUCAAACUGAAAGACCUGACCUCCUCCGACGCCUUCAAGGAGUAUGACCCCGACGGAAAAGGUGUCAUCUCCAAGAGGGACUUCCACAAGGCUAUGGAGAGCCACAAACACUACACCCAGUCUGAGACCGAGUUCCUGCUCUCCUGUGCUGAGACUGAUGAGAAUGAACUCCUGGACUAUGAAGAAUUUGUGGAGCGCUUUCAUGAGCCAGCCAAGGACAUUGGCUUCAAUGUGGCGGUUCUGCUGACCAACCUGUCGGAGCACAUGCCUCACGACACGCGGCUGCAAACCUUCCUGGAGCUGGCAGACAGCGUCCUCAACUACUUCCAACCGUACCUGGGCCGCAUCGAGAUCAUGGGCAGUGCCAAGCGCAUCGAAAGGGUCUACUUUGAGAUCAGCGAGUCCAGUCGAACACAGUGGGAGAAACCUCAGGUCAAAGAAUCCAAGCGUCAGUUCAUCUUUGAUGUGGUGAACGAAGGAGGGGAGAAGGAGAAGAUGGAGCUGUUUGUGAACUUCUGCGAGGACACCAUCUUUGAAAUGCAGCUGGCGGCUCAGAUGUCUGACGCUGGCGAGCGCAUGGCGAUGAAAGAGGAGAGCGAGCGGGAGAAGCCCGACGAGGAGAACCCUGAGAUGGGCUUCUUCUCUGUAACCACUGUCCGCAUGGCUCUGUUAGCUCUGCGCUACAACGUCAUGGUGCUGAUAAAGGUUCUGUCCAUGAAGAGUUUGAAGAAGCAGGUGAAGAAGAUAAAGAACAUGACAGUGAAGGACAUGGUGACCACCCUGGUGUCCUUCUACUGGUCGGUGUUGCUGGGCCUCCUCCACGUGGCGUUCAGUGUGGCCCGAGGAUUUUGCCGAAUCUUCUACAACACCUUCAUGGGAGGCAAUCUGGUGGAGGGGGCCAAGACCAUAAAGGUGUCAGAGCUGCUGGCCAACAUGCCCGACCCCACCCAGGAUGAGGUGAGGGGUGAAGGGGAGGACAGAGAGAAGAGACCCUCCGACCGCGCUAAAGAGGACCUGGCUGACCUGGCGGUCAACACCGAGGGGACCGAGCUGCUGUCAGACAUUUUUGGCCUAGACUUGAGACGAGAGGGGGGCCAGUACAAGAUCACCCCGCACAACCCCAACGCCAGCCUGACCGAACUGCUCAACUCCCCGGUUCCAUCCCCGACCCCCCCGACCCCACCCACAGCACCCCCACCUGAGCUCAGACGGAGGCAUCAGUCCACGAGCUCUUCCUCAGAGGAGAAGGAAGCAACAGCAGAGACAGAAUGUGAACCUGAGAAAACAUCAGAGGGUGGACAUAUAGAGAAACAAGAGAAACAAGAGAAACAACAGAAGACUGAGAAGAUGAAGCCAAAAGUGAGAAGGCAUCACACCUCAAAGUCUGAUGAACCGGAUCUGCAUGAGUCUGCCUUCCUGAAGAAGAUCAUAGCCUACCAGAGGAAACUACUGAACUACUUUGCCAGGAACUUCUACAACAUGAGGAUGCUGGCGCUGUUUGUUGCCUUUGCAAUCAAUUUCAUCCUCCUCUUCUAUAAGGUCUCUACAUCCUCGUCUGUGGUUGAGGAAAGGGAAGUGGUGUUCGCCAGCAGCCAACCGGACACCAGCGUCAUUUGGGAUCCGCUGGGAGGAGGAGAAGCAAUGGAGACGACGAAGGAGGAGGUGGUGGAUGAGGCCGGGGAGCCCCUGAAGCCCGUCACUGUGCGUUUUGUCCUGGAGGAGAGCAGUGGAUACAUGGAGCCCAUGUUACGGAUCCUGGCUGUCCUGCACACUGUCAUCUCCUUCUUCUGCAUCAUUGGAUACUACUGUCUCAAGGUGCCUCUGGUGAUCUUUAAGCGUGAAAAGGAGGUGGCCAGGAAGCUGGAAUUUGAUGGCCUUUACAUCACAGAACAGCCAUCUGAGGACGACAUCAAAGGACAGUGGGACAGACUGGUAAUCAACACACAAUCUUUCCCCAACAACUACUGGGAUAAGUUUGUGAAAAGGAAGGUGAUGGAUAAAUACGGAGAGUUCUACGGCCACGACCGCAUCAGUGAGCUGCUGGGAAUGGACAAGGCUGCUCUGGACUUCAGCGACUCUCACAAGAAGAGAAAGCCCAGGAGAGACAGCUCACUGGCUGCUGUGCUGAACUCCAUUGAUGUCAAGUACCAGAUCUGGAAGCUGGGGGUUGUAUUCACAGACAAUUCCUUCCUGUAUCUGGCCUGGUAUAUGACCAUGUCCAUCCUGGGUCACUACAACAACUUCUUCUUUGCCGCCCAUCUGCUCGACAUCGCCAUGGGCUUCAAGACACUCCGUACCAUCCUGUCCUCAGUCACACACAAUGGCAAACAGCUGGUGUUAACCGUCGGCCUGUUAGCAGUGGUGGUGUACCUCUACACAGUAGUGGCCUUCAACUUCUUCAGGAAGUUCUACAACAAGAGCGAAGACGGAGAACUGCCAGACAUGAAGUGCGACGACAUGUUGACAUGCUACAUGUUCCACAUGUACGUCGGUGUGAGAGCAGGAGGUGGGAUCGGUGACCAGAUUGAGGACCCGGCGGGUGACGAGUAUGAGAUCUAUCGCAUCAUCUUUGACAUUACCUUCUUCUUCUUUGUCAUCGUUAUCCUCCUGGCCAUCAUCCAGGGGUUGAUCAUUGAUGCGUUUGGAGAACUGAGGGACCAGCAGGAACAAGUGAAAGAAGACAUGGAGACCAAAUGUUUUAUCUGUGGAAUAGGUAAUGACUACUUUGACACAGUGCCACAUGGCUUUGAAACGCACACGCUACAGGAGCACAACCUAGCCAACUACUUAUUCUUUGUGAUGUAUCUCAUCAACAAAGAUGAAACAGAGCACACAGGCCAGGAGUCUUACGUAUGGAAGAUGUACCAGGAGCGUUGCUGGGAGUUUUUCCCUGCUGGUGACUGUUUCCGGAAACAGUACGAGGAUCAGCUCAACUGAUCUAUUCUUGGGAGCAGCGAACUCUUUCAUACUGUAACCAGUUCAAGGCCCUCUACAGCCAUCUUCCCUUUGCUUAUCCCUCAAACCUUUCUUACUGCUCUCUAAGGGGGUCCCCGUUCUACCGAAGACAACGGGUUCAACAUUCGGCUCCACCUCCCAGGCUGGGAGGAACUACAUCUCCAGCCUCGUCGGCAGGCCCCGCCCUAAGCCUUUUCUCCCAGCUCUUCCUCAUCCAGGCACUCGACUCGCCGGCUCUGCCCCAACUUCCAGCACACUUUGUUUGGAAUGCUUCGAAACUCUGACUUUGUACAUAGAAAAAUAUCAGAGUAUAUGCUGUACAAUAUGUGACUGGUGGCACGUCAAAGGUUUUUGGCUCAGAUGAUGACUUCUUUGCUUCAUCUUAUUUUACAUUCACAGUAACAAGCAAAAAAUAUACAAAGGAAUAACGGAGCAAGGCAACAAAAGGAAGGACAAGAUGGAGAGUGGAAAGGAAAAUUCAGAGCGAAUGCUUCCUGAAGGACUUUCAGGACAAUGAUCCGAUACACAAAGAGCAGAUGUUAGUAUGAUGAUGUUUACGACUUUUCAUGUGUACAAUGCACGUUGCAUGUAGGUGCAGGGGGUGGACACAAAAAAGGAAACACCUGUACAACCCUGCUGUAAUCCAACACAACAGCUCUGCAAUAAUCGGACCUUAGAGAAGCGUCAGCUUUUGUUAAGACUGUCAAAGAGGUGAUUAAACUCUUAAGGUAUCUUUUUUUGUAGUUUGUGACACAAGUGGGAAAAUAUAAGGUGCCUCUACAUAAUAAUCUAACACCACCACCAAACUACAGUGUCCAUAAUUACCACAGAGUCGAGUCGACACCUCUGCGACACUGUCGACAAAAACUGAACAUCCUGAACAAAUAGGGCCGUAGUACUGGAUCGAAUUAAAAGUAUAGUUUACGGGUGUUAAUACUGUGUCCACACCCUGUACAUGCCAACACUGUGUGUGAAGGGCUCCUUAACUAAGUGUUCACAUCGCUAGCAACAUGGUCCAUUUUUGUUCCAGCGGAGCUGAGUGACCUUGGAAACUCAGCCAAAGUACGGACGUCAACAAAUCACAAUCCUCCCAUCAGCUUUCAAGUUAUCUACAUCUCUUUUUUUCUUUGGAAAGACUACAGAUAUAAAAAUAAAUGUCCCCAAAACUAUGCUUGCAAAAUGGGUUGAAUCCAUUAUUGACAUGUUUGUUAGCUGAUUUUUUUUUUUUUUCUCAUUCAAUCUUUUGCCCCCAGUAGCAGCAUGGCCUUGGGAUAGACAUGUCUGUUCGUCCAACACUCUGG